AUGGCGGGUAAUUCUCCUCGUGGUGGAGGUUUUUCGGGUGCCGGGGAUGAUUUUGAUGUCAUGACUUUCCCCCCGAGGGUUGGUUCUCGCAGUGUACGUGGAUAUGGCUCCACCGCUGCGAGGGAUUGCAUGUCCAGUUACAUAGUUUUUGUCAACAACAGGUCAACAAUUUCUCAACUUUAUAACCAAGAAAAAUGGUUGAAUGAAAGGGUAUUUUAUACCUAUGAAGAGAUUAGAGGUUUUGCUGCACGAUUCACAAAUGAAGAAGUUGAUUACAUUAGUCACGCUAUCGGAGUCUUAGCUGUGAUAAAAGAUGAAGCAACUUCCAAUUUUGCCGAAAAUGUAGUCAUUGGCUUAGUGGAUUCUGGCAUAUGGCCAGAAGCCGAAAGCUUCAAUGACGCUGGACUUGGGCCAGUGCCUAUUUAUUGGAACGGCUACUGUGAAAGUGGAGAUUCGUUCAACUCAAGCUUCUGUAAUAGAAAAUUGAUUGGGGCUAGAUAUUUCACCAAGGGGUUUAAUUUUCUCAAAGCUGAUAAGCCCACAGACCAUUUUGGUCGAGAUUAUGACUCACCAAGAGAUGGAUCCGGUCAUGGAACUCAUACGGCUUCUACAGCUGCCGGUGCCCUUGUCGACCAUGCCAAUCUUUUCGGAUUUGCAGAGGGCACCGCCAAGGGAAUUGCAUAUAACGCACGAAUAGCAAUGUAUAAGGCAUGUGCGUUCCACUGGUGUCCUGAUUCCGAUAUAUUGGCAGCCAUGGAAAGCGCCAUACAAGAUGGAGUCCAAAUUUUAUCACUUUCGAUUGGAGGACCUGAAACUCCAUAUUACGCGAGCUCCAUUGCUAGAGGUGGGUUCGCUGCUAUAAAGAAAGGGAUAUUUGUGACUUGCGCUGCGGGCAAUAAUGGUCCAAUAUCUGGCUCAGUGAUGAACACGGCACCAUGGUUAACUACUGUCGGUGCCGGAUCUAUUGAUCGUUCUUUUCCAGUUGAUGUCAUGCUUGGAAAUGGACUAAUUUUCACUGGUUGUUCCUUGUAUCCUUCAAAUCUUACGAGGACAGACGCUUUUCCACUGGUCUAUGAUGGUUUCUGUAGGCACCUGUUAAAACGUUCUUAUAAUUUCAAAGGGAAGAUUGUUGUCUGCCCUCCAGGUGGUGACUAA